GUGUAAAGACGCGUCGUAGUUGCAUGCGUUACUGAAGUUUGCGUACAUCUUACAGCGGUUUUAAUUAUUUUUUUUAAUUCCUGUGCAACGCUCAAGUGGUACUUGGUGCUGGCAUUUAAAGUAAGCGCUCUCAGCAGUAUGUCAAGCGCGUGGUUGUGCGUGAUCCUGGUCGUGCUGGUGGCUGGUACAGCGACUGGUAUCAAGUGCUGGCAGUGCGGCCAGUACAGUGAUGGAGUUGGCUCUAUCACGCCUUGCAACAAUCGUAGCGCCACGCGGCUUGCUGACUGCCCGCCUGCUGCUAAAUACUGCAUUAAAUACGUGAGUGAGCUGACAGUUGUCCGUGACUGCGUACCAACAUGCACAGAGAAAGAAUGGUGGGGGGCCCGAACCUUCUGCUGCGAGUCGGAUGAAUGCAACACAGGAUACAUACAUACGUCUGCAACUGGUUUUGUCUUCGCUGCCCUCGUCUUGGGGGCGGUGAUUGCGCGCUGACGGAUUCCUUAAGUUACAACUUUAGUUAAUUCAACUCCUGAUUUAAUUUCUGUGAUUUUGAUAAUUUAUUAAAUUCGCUAUGAAUGGUGUUAUAGUAUUGUCAUAAGUAAAAUGUCAAAUAAGUAACACCAUUGGUAGUAAAGAUGUUAUAAGUUAUCGUUAUACGUUUAUUGUUUGUUAGUCUUUUGUAAGGUUUAUUUAUAUCUGCAAUGAUUUGU